GCAGUUCAAAUCCCAUCAAUGUGUUCAUUUUUGCCUAUUCUAGGGUUUCCUUCUCCCAAAUAGCCCCAAAUCAUAUUCUAUUUCUUCGCUGGGUUUCAACCUCCGGGGGGCAUUCUAAUCGAAUUUCUGCCGUAAUUCUCUGAAUUGGGUGUUUUAUAAGCAAAAUGGAUGAUGGGGAGCUUGAAUUUUCCAACCAAGACAUGUUGUCGAGCCCUUGUAUUGGCAAUUUUCCCGACAGUGGUUCAAUGGGUAGCUUUUGGAAUGAUAUCCUGGGCGAUACACAUGCUUGCACUCAUACCCACACAUGCAACCCGCCCGGGCCUGAUAACUCACACACACACACUUGUUACCAUGUUCACACCAAAAUAGUGCCUGCUCCGAGUGAGGAGGAUAAGGCACCCAGUGAUGACACUGCAGAAUCUGCAGACAAGAAAUCAAAGAAGCGACCUUCUGGCAAUCGGGAAGCGGUCCGUAAGUACCGGGAGAAGAAGAAGGCUAGGGCUGCUUCGUUAGAGGAUGAAGUUGUCAGGUUAAGGGCUAUAAAUCAGCAACUACUGAAGAGGGUACAGGGGCAGGCAUUGCUGGAAGCUGAGGUUGCUAGGCUGAAGUGUUUGCUUGUUGAUAUUAGGGGAAGGAUUGAAGGUGAAAUUGGAUCUUUUCCGUAUCAGAAACCGGCGAUGGCUAAUCAUACACUGCCUGGAUCUUAUGUUAUGAAUCCCUGCAAUAUGCACUGUGAUGAUCAAGUUUAUUGCCUUCACCCUGGCUCCGAGGGUAAGAGCUCGGAGGGUGUGACGUUGAACACUCAAGACAUCAGUAAUUGUGAGUUUGAGAGUCUGCAGUGUUUGGGCAAUCAGUAUUCGGGUCUGAAUGAGCUUCCUGUUUGUGGGGUGGAGAACAGUAUGCCAACUCGCAAUACCUCCGGAAAGAUUAAGAAAAAAGCCAUGGCACAAGCAGCUGCAAGUAGUUGAAGAGUCGUUAGAUCAGAGGCAUCCGUGAGCUUUGAAAGUAAUUGCUGCUAUCAUCUCCUUCAAUUCCAAUUACUGUUUGGAUUUAAAGACUGGGGAUCUUAUAUAUAUUCAUUAAACUAAAUGAUCCAAUGUGAAUUUUAUAUGCCUCCUCAGGCUGUGGAUCUGUGAAGGGAUGGUACUCUUUGAAUGAACACUGGUCAAUGGGUUGGUUGCAGCAAGCACCUAGCGGACAUGAAUGACUGGAUGAAGCUACGGUGGCUUUGUUUUUCAUUGGAUCUUAUUAUUCUUAGGUGACAUGAUUCUUUAUGGACGACGUUUCUUGUUCAUCACUCCGGCUUAUUAAUAAUCUUACGCUUGAUCA